GGAUGACAGUGCCGAGAGAGCUGCCGCUCAUCACACACAGGGUGCUGUGUUACUGUUUUCUCCAUGACUUUGGAUUAUAAAUAUGUAUUUUGUCAUUUCUGCCAUGAAAGCUCAGAUUGAAAUAAUCCCCUGCAAGAUUUGUGGAGAUAAAUCAUCAGGGAUCCACUAUGGGGUGAUCACGUGUGAAGGCUGUAAGGGUUUCUUCAGACGGAGUCAGCAAAGUAAUGCCGCCUAUUCCUGUCCUCGCCAGAAAAACUGUCUGAUCGACCGAACAAGCCGAAACCGCUGCCAACAUUGCCGUUUGCAGAAAUGUCUAGCUGUGGGCAUGUCCCGAGACGCUGUAAAGUUUGGACGUAUGUCUAAAAAGCAGCGGGACAGUCUGUAUGCAGAGGUUCAGAAGCACCGCCAACAGCAGCAGCAGCAGCAGGGUCACCUCCUCCUGUCCCAUUCCAACCUUGGCAGCCCAAGCCCGGGCGAGUCCGAGUCACUGUCCUCUCACUACACCCUAUCCUCCACCGGCCUCACAGAGCUGCCCGAUGAGGGGGGACACUACGUGGAACAGAACUCACCUGAAGGUGGAUCUUUGUCGUCCAAGGGAGAUUCUGGAGGUGGAGGAGAAGGAGGAGGUGGGGGGUUCUACUUGGAUAUCCAGCCAUCUCCGGACCAAUCCGGCCUUGAUAUUAACGGCAUCAAACCGGAGCCCCUGUGUGAUUAUGGAUCCAGUAAUGGCUUUUUUCCAUAUUGCUCCUUCAGCAAUGGUGACUUACCACCCACGAUGCCCAUGGCUGAGCUCGAUCACUUGGCCCAGAUCAUCUCCAAGUCUCACCUGGAGACAUGUCAGUACUUGCGGGAGGAGCUGCAGCAGAUGAGCUGGCAGAGCUUCCUUCAGGAUGAGGUGGACAGCUACCAGAACAAGCCACAGGAGGUGAUGUGGCAGCUCUGUGCUGUGAAGAUCACUGAGGCCAUUCAGUAUGUGGUGGAGUUUGCUAAACGUAUCGACGGCUUCAUGGAUCUCUGCCAGAAUGACCAGAUUGUACUACUGAAAGCUGGUUCUCUGGAGGUUGUCUUGUUACGAAUGUGUCGCGUGUUUGACUCACAGAACAACACCGUCUUCUUUGAUGGGAAGUUUGCAGGUCCUGAAGUCUUCAAAGCUUUAGGCUGUGAUGACUUGAUCAUGGCGGUGUUUGACUUUGCUAAGAGCAUGUGUUUGCUGCACCUGUCUGAGGAUGAGCUUGCUCUCUUCUCAGCGUUCAUUCUGCUUUCUGCAGACCGGUCGUGGUUGCAGGAGAAGCUGCAGGUGGAGAAGCUGCAGCAGAAGACUCAGCUGGCUCUGCAGCGUGUGCUGCAGAAGAACCAGAGAGAGGACGGAGUGCUGAACAAGCUCAGAUGUAAGGUGACAGCGUUGCGUUCGCUGUGCAGUCGACACACGGAGAAGCUGUGUGCGUUCAGAGCUGUUUACCCUGACAUCGUGCGAACACACUUUCCUCCUCUUUAUAAGGAGCUGUUCAGUGCUGACCUUGAACUGACCCUGCAGAGCAGCGACUGAAGUGUGACUGGUGUAUGCAGACGGACCGUGCCCAGUUUCCAUGGACACAGAGGAUGGUGUGUCAUACAUCCAAAGACAGUUAGUGUGUGGCUGCUGUACUUCAUCUCCUGGACGCCUGAGCACAGACGCAGAGACCUGAAUUCAUCUUUUCCUCAGUUUGUGUUUUUCUCGUCCUCCUCUCAUGCCUCUGAGUUUGUGCUGAGGGGUCAGGCGGUCUCAUUAACACACAUCGUGUCUUAGGCUUCUGAACCUGGAUCAGAUUCACCUCUAACAAUACUCACACUGAAACCUGGUUUUUGUUUCCUGCACCUGAUUGUUGAAGCUUGUGUUCUCUGCACAGUUUUUUCAUUGUUUUGUUUGUUUGUUGGUGAAAGUUCAUUCUGUUGGAUUCAUUCACCUGUCUACUCAGGUUGUUUUACUCGAUUGUCAAAAGAUUCAAAGGUAGCAAAAACAAUUUCUUAAUUUUAAAAUGCAAAUAAAAUUAUUCUUGUCCUUUUUGAGAGUAAGUGAACACAUCUUAAAAGCACCACAUGAAAACUGCUGCUCUCUCAACUUUUGAUUCUUUGUAAAAGUGUUAUGUGACAUUUGAUAACAGUGACAGAUAAUAUUAGAGCAGCAGCAAAAAUGAAGCCAGUGCUGAAGUGACAAAAACUGCAGUUCUUCUAAUCACCACUUAAUUAUUGUAGGGUCUUUAUCUUACAAUAUAAUGCACC